AUACUGUGAGUGCCGGUUUGUUGUGCAACUGGGAGGAAAAACGCGGCGGGGUGACUCUGGAGAAAGAGAAGCAAAGUUUAAACAUCAUCUUUUGUGUUUAUUUGUGAGAGCUGGCGUUUCAGUCAGAAGUCAAAUCGCGUCAUUCUCGUUCAUCGACAAUUUCUGUCCAAACUGAAGCACGUCAUUGGGGUUUGCUUGUAAAAGCGGAUGGUGGUUUGGGAUGUUGGUUGAGCUCUGGGCUGGCACAGGUGGUUCUUUGCCUCCCCUCUGGGUCUUCAGGUGUAGUAAAACUCAGUAUCAGUGUGGUUUAGGUAUUUGGUAGAAUAAUGUUAGCAGAACUAUUUAAAUUAUUACUUUAACAUUAUUAUUUUUAUUAUUGUUAAAUUUUUAAUUAUUAUUCUUCUCACGUGUCUUUCAUGCUUAAUAUGGCCUCCUUAUUGGUACGUAAACUUUAUUCCAUUUGUAGGCUAUUUUUUAAUCUUUCUGAGCAAGAUUUUUAGUGUCUCAUAUCUAAAUGACUGUGUGUACAGAGGAAAGUUAAUGUUUAGGAAGUGGAAAGAAGUACUUGAGAUUCAAAAAGCAUUUGUAUGAGUUGUUAGGAACACAGUGAAGCUCAAUAGUCUAUAAAGUUCACAGAAAUAUUGAUUGUUCUCGGGUCAAACAUUAAAACAAAACCCCAAAACUCAGUACUUUGAGAACUUUGGAGCAGCUUAAAACGUUACUGGGAAAUGCGAUGGAACCUAAAUGUCAGUGGAAAUUGUGAAGCCCUUGCAUGGCUGCACAUGGGCGUGCAGAAUUUAGAGGCCGUAAGUCCAUUUUGAGUGAUAGUGUUUUUAAAAAGACACCACCUUGAGAGAGUUGUGCCAUUUCUUAGGUUUGCGGUUGCGGGCUCCCGGGCUUGGGUCGGUCGGUGAAGCAUUUGGAAUUUUAUGCCAGUCUUGUUGAACAGUCUUAUCUGGAAAGCACGUAUAAGGAAGUGUUUAUUUAGGAUUGCAGUUAACUUUCACUUAAUCUUACCUUUCUCCUGCUGCCUGAUUAGCGGGGAGAAUAAUUUCUUAAUUCCACGUGCCUUAAUGAGAACGUUUCCUUUGAUCUUCCUCUGUUUGCUUUGUCCCUAUUACAGGUUCUAACAGUCUUUAGUGUUUCACGUGAAACUACAGUAGAGAUUUAAACUCAAAUUAACUCCAGAGAAACCUCCGUUUGUGACUGGUGAUGUGUUUCUAGAUGUGAGCGCUUAGGUUGAUGCUUUUUGAAACAGCUUCUUGCAGAGAGAAGAAAGAUGGAAAGUAAUGCGGUUUUACUGGAAUCCAAGUCCUCUCCGAUCAACCUCCUGAAUGAAAUGCAUCAGCUGCGUCUCCUGGGCCACCUGUGCGACGUGACGGUCAGCGUGGAGUACCAGGGCGUCAGGGCCGAGUUUGUGGCUCACAAGGCGGUUUUGGCGGCCACGAGCAAGUUUUUCAAGGAGGUGUUCCUCAGCGAGCAGGCCAUGGACAGCCCCAGGACCAUCGUGUUCCUCAACGAGGUCCAGGUCGCCGACUUCGCUUCCUUCCUUGAGUUUGUCUACACUGCCAAGGUGGAAGUGGAAGAAGACCGAGUGCAGCGGAUGCUGGAAAUAGCCGAAAAGCUGAAGUGCUUGGACCUCUCGGAAACCUGCUUCCAGUUAAAGAAGCAGAUGCUUGAGUCGGUGCUGCUGGAGCUGCAGAACUUCUCCGAAUCGCAGAGCUCUGAGGAGGAGAGCGCCGCUCAGCCCAGCGCUUUGCCCGAGUCCAAAGCAGCUGCCGUGGCAGAAGCCGAGCAGACGGACUGUCCCGCGGAUCCCCCGGCAGACAGGCCCAGCAACGGGGCCCCUCCUGAGGUGCCCACUGCCAAAUCGAAAGAGAAGAUGGACAAAAAGAAGGAGAUACUGAAGCCUCCUUACACCAAAAUCAGAAGGGCGAGCGGGAGGCUGGCGGGGAGGAAGGUGUUUGUGGAAAUCCCGAAGAAGAAGUACACGAGGCGGCUGAGGGAGCAGCAGAAGAACGCGGAGGUUGCUGUUGAAGAAGACGCGUAUCCUCAAGAGCAGGAUUUGUGCGAUACGGAGAGGGAGGAGGGGGAGCAAGCGGAGGACAGCGUCAAACCUGAAAGCGAAGACUGCGACGGCAACUUUGAGUCGGAAGACAACCUGAAAAAAUCGGAAGAGGAGAAAAAGCAGCGAGGCAGUAACUUCAAGUGCAGCACGUGCGAGAAGGAGUUCCUGUACGAGAAAAGCUUUCUCAAGCACAUCAAGCACAGCCACGGCAUCGCGGCCGAAAUCGUUUAUCGGUGCGAAACCUGCGGCCAGACCUUUGCCAACCGGUGCAACCUCAAAAGCCACCAGCGCCAUGUCCACAGCAGCGAGCGCCACUUCCCUUGUGAGCUCUGCGGUAAGAAGUUCAAGAGGAAGAAGGACGUCAAGAGGCACAUUCUCCAGGUUCAUGAGGGUGGUGGGGAGCGUCAUCAGUGCCAGCAGUGUGGAAAGGGGUUGAGCUCCAAAACCGCCUUGCGGCUCCAUGAAAGGACGCACACAGGCGACAAGCCUUAUGGGUGCACAGAGUGUGAGGCUAAAUUUUCUCAGCCUUCUGCACUUAAAACACACAUGAGAAUCCAUACUGGUGAGAAACCUUUUGUCUGUGAUGAGUGUGGUGCCAGGUUCACCCAGAACCACAUGCUUAUUUAUCACAAACGCUGUCACACAGGGGAAAGGCCCUUCAUGUGUGAGACGUGCGGGAAGAGCUUCGCCUCCAAGGAGUACCUGAAGCACCACAACCGGACCCACACCGGAUCCAAGCCCUUCAAAUGUGAAGUUUGCUUCAGAACCUUUGCGCAGCGGAACUCGCUUUACCAGCACAUCAAAGUGCACACAGGCGAGCGGCCCUACUGCUGCGACCAGUGCGGGAAGCAGUUCACGCAGCUGAACGCGCUGCAGCGGCACCACCGCAUCCACACCGGCGAGAAGCCCUUCAUGUGCAACGCCUGCGGCAGAACCUUCACCGACAAGUCCACGCUGCGGCGGCACGCGUCGAUACACGAUAAAAACACACCCUGGAAGUCCUUCCUCGUCAUUGUCGAAGGAGCGUCUAAGAACGACGAGGGACACAAAACGGAGCUACCCGAGGAAGAAUACGACGCGUCUCCUAAAAUCGCGGAGAAGCUGCUGUCUUUCCCCGAAAACGGCCACUACCAGAACUUGCCGGGGAGCGUGACGGCGCUGCACGACAGCGGAGCCGCCCCGGGGACGGACUGUAAGUCGGACGGGCCCCAGGGAGCGCUGGUGGGCGCCGCGCUGGGCGAGCUGAGCGUGCUGCACGCACAGGGCGACGCGGGCCAGCCCCAGCUGCACGCCCUGGUCAACAUGCAGUAGUGCGGGAUUUACCCAGCCGGGUAAAGCUGCGCCGUUUGUACAGUCCUGGGACUUUGCCAACAACCCACCGAGGGAACCGGGGAAGGGGGUGACCGGGAAGCAGGGCUGGAUGUGAAAAAGGUGCACUGGAUCUCCAGAAUUCCCUCAAAAACCGCAUUACCCGCCUCCAAAGCGUGCGGCUCCAUCCUCUGCAUGGUGGGAGAGGGGGCAGAAACCCCAGGGAAGUUAUUCCCUACGAGAAGGCGGCCGUGGGAAGGCGCGAGGUGGGUUUGCGGUUGACUCGAUGAGACACGUACAAUCACGAGAAACGACAUUGUGUUUCUCAGCCUGGUAGCUUAGCUGAAUUAAUUGCGUUUUUGGGUUGUUUGGGGUUUUUUCCCCCUAGUGGGAAUUCAUACGUAAGUUUGGCUCGGUUGCUUUUUCAGGAAAUGUUGGUUAAUCUCUGCUUUUGCCAAAGAUCCCGGCGGCGAGCCAGCUCGCUCCUUGGGAAUACGAGCGGGAGCAACACCUGGAGCUUCCUCCCCGUUGUAAUUGUCCAGUAGCCAAACGGGCCAGCGGGAGCCCAGUGCUACAGCUGCACAGGUCGGGGAUUAUUUUACCUUUCGGUGGAGCCUGGUGCAGCUGGACGUUUGCAUUAAAGCCAGAAUCUUCUAACUCCUCCCACUUAUAACGUGGCAAUUAAGAGACCAAAACAUCUCUCGUAAAACUUGUCUAUGAACAGUACGUCUGUGCUGGAAAAGCUUGUGCGGAAAGGCCGCUUAUUGCCAUUUGCCUUCUCAUUUGUGUCUGUAGUAUUUCCUGCUGCUGCAGGGAGGUCAGCAAUGCUCUUUUUUUCUACCAUCAGUUUAUUGCUCAGAACUGCAGACGGAGUUUUAAAUUAAGACCUACUCAGGUGGGAAAGUUAAUGACAGUUGUGCUGUCGCGUCGCUACAGCGAAUUCCAGCAGCACGAGAGGCCCCAGAGGUGAAUUCCGUUAGGACCAGGAGGCGGUCACGGUUUGUACGACUAACGGCGUGAAAAGAUGCAAAGAAGUGACACAGGUACUGGACCGUUGGAGGGAUUUAGGUCUUUAUUUCCCAGAUAUUGAAAAGCUUUGGAACAGGGGAGGGAUCUUUGAAAUAUUUGGUGCUGGCAAAGAACCACGUGCCUGGGGUGACUCUGGGGGCAGCUGCGACUCCACAGCACUUUGCUCAACGCUUCAGAACUCAGCAGCAGAUUCCUGGAGCUUUUCUGAUGCCUUUCCUGGCUUUUCCGUUUGUUUUUUACAAUACUGUAGUGUUUCCGCAGAGGCUUUCCCAGCCCAAGCUGCGGCACAGAGGCGGCGUCAGCGCGGAGGCGAGCACAGUCUCCUUGGCAGAGCAAUAACGGCGGCCCAGCCGUGUUUGAACCUCAGAGGGAUGCCUGGUGCGUGACGACGGAAUCGUAACUUCAUCUAGAGAAAGGGAAUUUCUUUGUAAAAGAGAACGUUUCCAAGAGGUUAUAUUUGAAAUAUUUAUUCAAGCGCCACGUUCCCGUUGGAGCUCAGCGUUCCCCGUGACCAAUGUAAAGAGUCUGUUGAGAUAUUUAAAGUCUGAGCGUUCGUAUCUGUAGCCGGGGGCACUUUUGUACUCGGUGAGCACCCAAAGUGAGUUACUCGUAUGAACUGUUCUCAUUAAAAUAUCGAAAUCUUA